GAUACCACUGGUAUGCAGCAAACUUCAGUGUAGAUAUAUUUUUUUCUUCAGUGCGACAAUUUAUUUUCAAUUUUCUCACUUUUACACCGAUUUAUCGUGAAAAUCCAGCGCAAAAUCCGCCAAAAAAGCAAAGUUGAAAGUGCAACAGAGACACUAAAGUGUGAAGUUGGCGUGGAAAGUGUGUGGAAAGGUGUGAAAAGUGGAUUUAAAAAUUUUCCCCUCAAUGGCGGAUGCCAAAACACGAGAUGGGAUUGCGUGAAAAUUGAACAUUCAGCUAUUUUCCAACAUUCGGUGCGAAUUUCACGGGAAAAUCCAGCAUUAGCACUGACAAUGGAUGCCGAAGAAGGGAUUUUGGAGUACGAAGAUGAGGAAGGAUCUGAGGAGGAAGAUGGGGAUUUCCCAGCUUCAACACCCACCUCUUGUACCUCAUCCCCACCUAUUUUGGGUGAAGAUCCCGCCGUAUCGCCGAAUCGUUCUUUUGUCCCCACCACGAUUGCGCAUCGUUUCCCCGCGAGUUCUGGCAAACCGCCUGCAAUACGACGUGGGCCAGGGCGACCACGCAAAGAGUACCCCCCAAGUAAUCGUCUAACCAAAGAGAAUCGUCUUAUUAAGCGGUAUAGAGGAAGUGGCGGUGUACGUGGUGUGGCAAAGAGGAAGUACUUUCAAUCGGGAUCUGCAGUUGAUAUUCUAGCACAGCUGGGUAUUCAUCAGGCAUCGGAUGGAAGUGUGAAUUUUAUGAAUACAAGCAACCUUCUGCAGCAAUCAUCGUCAUCAACAUCGGCUGCUGCUGCUGCUGGAGGAACAUCCUCAAUGGCUGCAGCGGCAGCUUCAUCGUCUCUCCCUUCGACUCCAACUCAGGAGGAAACCCCAACGCAGUCCGCAGCGACAACACCCACGAGUAAUCCAUCGACAAUUGACCCGGAAAGUGGGAUUGUCAUGAGUGGGGUGGAUAAGUUGAUGCAACCACCCGAGGAGCCACCGUAUUUCCCGGAAAAGUGGCCGGGAAAGUUCUGUGCCUUAUGCAAUUUGGGUGAGCGCAGUCAAUUGGGGCAGGGUGAGAUGUUGCGCCUCGAAUUGGGUGCCGAUGAAAUGGAAAAGGUCCUCCCGAUGGCAACAACACCAACGCCCGAGGAGAAGGAUUCCCCAUCAGCUGCGGCGGCAGAUGAUAAAAGUCCCCGAAGUGGAGGACUUGUGCCGCAAAUGAGCAAUAGACGCCAAAAGGGGCUGAAUAAGUGCAAAAAUCCCGUCAUGACGACGGAGUAUGUGGAUGAAUUGGAGAAGAUUGGCCAUGUGGAGCAGGUGGAGUUCUCCAGUCUCUUCGACGGGGCCCACUUCUACGUGCAUCGUUCGUGUGCCAUUUGGUCAUUGGGCGUUGCACGGGACACAACGGCCGGUACAUUGAGUAAUGUUGGAUCAGUCAUUGCACAGAGUCUCAGUCGAAAGUGCUCCUUUUGCGCGCGUUUCGGUGCGAGUGUCAUCUGUAAGAUGUCCUGCCCGAAAGUUUUUCACUUUCCCUGCGUUGCAGCCUCAGGGGGCUUCCAAAUUAUCCAGACUUAUAUCUCCUUUUGUAAGGAGCAUCUUGGACAAGUGCCUCUAGUUUGUACUGAGGACAUCAACUGCAGAUCAUGCUCCGGUUUGGGUGAUGUGUCAAAUUUGAUGAUGUGCUCAAUGUGUGGUGAUCACUACCACGGGACGUGCAUUGGUGUAGCACAACUACCGGGUGUACGGGCUGGAUGGCAAUGCCAUUCAUGUCGUCACUGCCAAAUUUGUCGUUUACCCGAUGCAACGGAGGGGCGUUCACUCUCAUGCGAACAAUGUGACAAAAUCUAUCAUGCUCUUUGCUUACGACCCGUAAUGACGUCCAUACCCAAAUAUGGGUGGAAAUGCAAGUGUUGUCGCGUAUGCUCUGAUUGUGGAUCACGUACACCUGGAGCGGGAACAUCAUCACGAUGGCAUUCCCAUUACACAGUGUGCGAUUCAUGCUAUCAGCAACGCAAUAAAGGCUUCAGCUGUCCCAUUUGCCAUCGUGCCUACCGAGCAGCGGCAUACCGUGAAAUGGUUAAAUGCAAUUUGUGCAAUAAAUUUGUUCACAAUACCUGCGAUUCAGAUGCAGAAUUGUCAACAUAUCAUGCAAAGAAAGAAUCAAAUCCGGAUUAUGAAUAUGUCUGCCCACCGUGUAAGCAAUUGGCACAGAAUGGACGUAUGGUGGCGGCAAUGCGUAGAGCAAGUAGCAUUGAUGAGGAUAGUUUGUCGGCAUCGCAAGAAAGUUUGUACACAGAUGAUGUGGAAAUGGCGGAAACAAGUGGAAAUGCAGGGAAUGGAAGUAGUGGUGCAGAUAAGGCAAACACCGAUUAUGGUUUAGGCAAGGGGAAACCCUAUGCUGCAACAAAGAUCGCCAAAAAACGCCUUGGAUUGUCCGGGUUCACGCAGAUGGGUCGUCCAAAGGGUGGGGGUAAAUUUGGUCUUCAAAAACGUAUCCGUUACAAUGAGCUGUCGCGCAAACGGGGGCCAAAAUCGAAAAUGAGAGGAAUUUUCGGUGUACCCGGUUUGGGGUUGCAGCGACCAACGUCUGAUGUGACAAGUAAGACAACAGAUGAAGAGCCCGGGAUUGAGAAUCGUCUUGUUUUGUGUUCGGCAAAGGAUAAAUUUGUCCUGACGCAGGAUAUUUGCGUGAUGUGUGGUGCCAUUGGUACGGAUCAGGAGGGAUGUUUAAUUGCGUGCACGCAAUGUGGGCAGUGCUACCAUCCGUACUGUGUGAAUGUCAAGGUGACAAAGGUAAUCCUGCAGAAGGGCUGGCGAUGCCUCGAUUGCACCGUUUGCGAAGGCUGUGGUCAACGCAACGAUGAGGCUAGACUCAUAUUGUGCGAUGAAUGUGAUAUUUCGUAUCACAUUUACUGCAUGGACCCCCCACUCGAUAUCGUCCCGCAUGGCAAUUGGAAAUGUCGUUGGUGUGCCAUUUGUCAGAAAUGUGGCACCAACGACCCAGGUUUCAACUGCACGUGGAUGAAUAGUUACUCAGAGUGCGGGCCGUGUGCUAGUCAAUCGAAUUGCCCAUCGUGCGGUGAUGCAUAUGCCGAAGGUGAAUUGAUAAUUCAGUGUACGCAAUGUGAGCGUUGGCUGCACUGCAAUUGUGAUUCAAUACGUACGGAGGAGGAUGCCGAGAGGUGCUCCGAAGAGGGGUACACGUGUAUCCUGUGUCGUCCACGUGACGUUCCACCGCCACAUUUGCAGCCGAAAGUUCAACUGCAUGCAGCAGUGUUCAGUCGACAAACGUCGCAAGCAACAAAGAGUCCCGACAGUGGUGGGGAUGUUGUGCCUGUGUUGGCACUAGAUGGGAAUCACUAUGUGGACGGGGUGUGCCUAAGUGAGCACGGUUUGACGCAGAUUAAGGCGUUGCAGCUGGAUAGUGCACGCAAGCGUAGACCAAAACACAAAGUCAAUGCCGAUCCGGCCAUUGCGGACAAAGAAGCGGGUAUUUUGGCGGCUAUUGAGUCCGUUGUUGCGGGUAGUAGUCACGAUAACUCCCUUGAAGAUGUCAAAAUUGAACCGCUUGACCCCAAAGAGGAGGCUGAAAUCUACAAAGAUGGCAUGGUGUGGGAUCGUGCUGAUGCAAGUCCCCCCGAAGGUUUCACGCUGUACACAACGGAGCAGGGAACCGUUGUGUUGCGUAAGAAACGUCAAAGGAAUCUACAGAAGCUCGGUAUUGGCGGGUUCAAUGUACGCAAUCGUACACUCAAGAGUCUCAAUAGCAAAGAUACCUUCGAUGGCGACGAUAUAGCCGAUGGGAUGGUACCGCAACUACCCACAACAGGCACCUCAGGCAAUGAGGCGAACGACAAAAAGAAGAAGACAAUAAGGAGAAAACAAAAAAGUAAACUCAUUGAAACCUAUCCAACAUACUUGCAAGAAGCCUUCUUCGGAAAGAGUCUCCUUGACUCCAGUAAAACAAAGUUUGAGUCGAGUAGUAGUGAUGAUGAGGCAAAGAGUACCGUAUCCGAUGAUAAAACAAUCAAACUCUCAAUGGAAGAGCUAAAAAUGAUUGAAGCAAUGCGUGCUAAGCAGCAGCAACAACAACAAAUGAUCGAUGAACAAAAAACGCGUCAAAUGACAUCACUGAACGCAACGCAGCAGCAAGACGCCACGCAGACGGUACAAGCCGGUUUAACGUCCAGUUCACCGUCAUUGAGUAAAAAUUCCCAAAUUAUUUCUCCAUCAAACGCCCAACAGCAAAUGAUGGUGCAACAACCAGCAGACAAUGUGAAAAUAGAAUUAAUUCAAUCAACAAAUUCAGUGAGUAGUGACGCAACAAAUACCACUGAUACCCUCAAGGAUAUCCUCCCGCGUGAUCUCCUUGACUCCGAUCUCGUAAACACCAUUAUGAAUGAAGAGCGUGAUUUGACCAAAGGUGGGGAUAAUUUGGAUGAAAUAACGGAGAAUGUUGGUGAAAUGCUUCCAUCACCCUUCAAUUUGGACUAUGUUGAAGAAAUAUUUAAAGGUGUUCUCACGGAUGAAUCUCAGGAGUCUCAGGAAUCAUUGUUAACUACAACUGGAACAACAACGUAUUCCUCAACAAUCACGCAAAAUACAUCAAUGCAGCAACAGCCACAUGUUCAUGCGGCCAAUAUGGUGCCACAGGCACAACCACAAUUACCAAUGCACGUGGGAAUGAAUAUAAUUGAUGGGAAAGUCGAUGGAUCGCAGCAAAUGCAGAAUGCAGCAGCAAUGCACAUUCAGCAAACCACGCAGGCAAUGCAGCAGCAACAGCAGCAGCAGCAACCGUCAACGAUGACAAUGACGCUGCUGAAUCAACCACCGGGUACGCCGCAGAAUCAAUCAAUUCAGCAAAAUGUGAUUGUACGCACGGCAGCUAAUCAGCAGCAACACAUGGGGUAUCCAAAUCUAUCAUAUAAUCAUUACAACUACGGAAGCAAUCAAUUUGCCCCAGUUUACACUGAAACUAUGCCCCAGCAGAAUCAAUGGGGGCAACCAAUGCAAUCGAAUUUAGCAAAUUUGGACUUGACAAUGUCUGUUGCGGAUGAUUCGUUGGCAAUUGCAGCAACUCCCGCGACAAAUAAUCAAAAAACUUCGGAACGUAUGAGACAAGAUGAAAUUUUGGGUGAUAAUGCAACAAUUUCUGCGGUAUUGUAUGCAAAUGUUAAUCAUCCGGAAUUCAAGACGGAAUACCCAAAUUGGACGGAUCGUUUGAAACAAAUCCUAAAGAAAUGGCGUGCCCUGUCGCAUGAAAGUAAACAACCAUUUUUGCAGAAGGCAAGAGACAAUCGUUCGGCACUUCGAAUGAAGAAGGCACAACAAGUCCCAUCAAUGUCACCCAAGGAUAUUGUCCAUCAAACGAGCAACAGUGCGAAUGCAUCAAUGCUAAGCGGUAUUGGUGGGUCUGAUGUUGGUGCUAAUACAGAUGCAUCAAGUGGUGGUGACAUGAUGGUACAACAUCAAGCAUUACCAUCACGUCUUGGUGCACAACAAACAUCACAGCAGGAAAUGCAGCAGCAGCAACAGCAGCAGCAGCAGCAGCAACAGCAGACACAGCACAUGCAUCAUCAUCAAAUAUUAGAGGUGCACGGAAAUUCUGGGGAUGGAAAAAAUGAAUUAGAUGAAUUAACCGCAUCUACUACACAAACUAAUACCAAUAAUAAUAAUCAUAGUGCAUCAAAUAACACUGAUAACUCUUGUUCCUCUAACAAUGUCAUAUCAAAUGUCACAACCUCAAAUCAAGAGACACCCCCAUGUACGUCAAAAAGCACAACAACCUCCACCACAAGUGAUUCCCCAUCCCUUUCCACAACUCCCCUAUCGUCAACAUCCUCCUCUGCUGCGUUUAGCAAUAAUAAUUAUGAAUCCCAAAAGUUCCAGCAACAUGUAAAUUCAGUAGAGCCUCUAUUUGAUAGUAGUAUUCAAAGUAGCAAUAGUAAUAGUCAAGUAGAAGAACUUACAAUACAAACAUCUGGCUCAAGUCCAGCAAGUACCGUUGAUAUUGAUUUGGGUUCGACAACAUCAUCAAUAUCAUCACUAAAUGAACAACAUGUUGCAUUAGAUGAUGAAAAUGUUGUUAAAUAUGAAACUGCAGCAGCAGCAGCAACGACAACCACGAGUCAGACAACUUCAACAACAACAACGUCUGAAGCAACUUCCGUUGCAAGUUUUACGACAGCAACAACCACAAUUGUUCAUUCCCUUUCAACGGCUGCAAAUAUUGCCAAUAGUUUCAUUAAUAUUACAAAUUUAUCAACGAGCAGUAAUUUGAACAUUGCUCCAAUGGCUGCAACGGUGCUACCGGCUGCUCAAAGCACGCUCCCGUUGAUGAGUGUGUCCAAACAGUCGUUCAGUACGAAUUUGAUUGUUUCCCAGCCAAUGACGCAUUUCAUGAAGGCUCUAACAUUGGGUACGGGUGGUGCAAAGAGCAGUAUUUUCGUCCCCAAUGUCAUUGCAACAAAUAUUUCGCCGCAAUUCACGGUGCAUCAUCAUAAUUCGCAACAUCACCCUUACGGCUUGCACCAUCAUCAUCAUGGUGUUGGAGGGCCAGCACCGAAUGUUACCGUAAACCCAAAUGGGAACUUCAAUACAAACCCAAAUUCCGGGGUAAGAGCUGGGGCGUUUCAUGGGCAAUUUAGGCCAUUCUUCCAGCACAACACGUUGAGUAUUUCGGGGAAUAUUCAUCAACUGAAUACAGGAGGGGCGAUACAGUCACCUAUCUUAGCAGCGCAAUUGCAGACAAUCAAUCAGAUUGCAACGAAUCAGGCGCAGCAGUAUCAUGGGAUGAAUUUGCACGGAGCUGGACAACAACAUGGUGUUCAUCAUUCACCACAACAUCAACAACAACAACAACAACAUGGUCAACCAUCAGGACCUAAUACUAUAAUCCACUAUCCGUCAUCAACGAAUAUUCUGAUGCAGCAGCAACAACAACAACCGGAGUUCGGUUGUAGUCCUAAAGGUCCUAAUCAAUUUGCACAACAACAUGUUGAUCGAACAACAUCCCGUUCACAGAGUCCUGCUACGUAUAGCACGCAGGGAACGAAGGUUGUUCAUCAACAGCAGGCUUCUGCUUUAGCAGCUGCUCAGCAGCAACAACAACAAUAUUUCGGAGGAAACAGUGAUCAACAAAUACGCGUACUAACACCAUCAGAAAUAAUGCGAACCCUCCCAUCCUUACCAAACCCAGAUCUAACAACAAGCUACGAUACAACUCCAUCAAUUUCCCAUCAAGUUUCCGUGAAUACAGCCGUUGUGUCAACAAUGUCAACGAGUUCCGUAAUAAUGAAGGAAACAACGAAUUUCCCACAAGAUGGGAAUGAAAUGAAUAAUAAAAAAGAAACAUUUGGAAAUUGUUGUUCUUCUUCAACUAUUACUACAACUGCUGCUGUUAAUGCUACUUUAACAACAUGCUCUACGUCAAACAUGUUAACUUCUUGCUCAUCCCCAAUUAUCUCAGCUUUUACGUCUAAAAAUUCACAAACACCACCCUCGACUCCGAACACCACGACUUCUCCAACUACGUCAAUUUUCCAUCAAACGGAUCAAGAAAAAAUUAAUGCACAGCAGAAAACAAUGCGUGAACAAGAGCAAGAACGUCAAUGGAAGCAAUUGCAGGCAAACCGUGCGAGGGAACAGCAAAUGCAACAGCUUGUGAUUCACAAUCAAGUUGGGCAAGAUUCAUCUGUUCAACUGCAAGUAUCAACGCAUAAUGAUGGCAAUGCCGUUGGUUUGAUGGCAAGCCCAUCACCGACAUCGCGUCAAAUGACAAAUUUUGUUCAACCUUCGGCAAAGGGGCGCCCAAGUGUCCUGCCCGGAAAUUUAAAUACAUCCGGGUAUCCACAUUCGGCGAUGACACGCCCCGUUUCCGUACAAAUACCGCGUGGGCAGCAACAGCAGCAGCGCCUAACGCAGAGCCCCUUUUCACCCCAAUCCCAAACAUCCCAAUCGCCACAUGAGCAAUUCCCGGGGUCCCCCGUACCACAGGGUAUGGAGCCAUUUUCGCGGCCACCAUCGGAAAAUUCGCAGCCAGAUCAAUUUAUUUUGUCCCCGCAAAGUAAUCGAUCUUAUGGGCAUCAGAGUCCAAAUUCAGCACCAAAUCGCAGUCCAGCGUAUGUUGGGCAGCAGCCAGCUGUUCAGAUGCCCGCAAAGCAGAUUCGUUUGAAUAUUGAUAGCGGUGGGUAUGCUCAGGCACCGGGUACACCACGCCCGAACGUUAGUACGGGUAUAAUGCGAUCAACGGUUUAUGCUACGAGGCCGCUUUUUAGUAAUAAUCAAUCAUUCCCAUCCGGAGGGCGUACGGAUCAGUUUCAACCACAACCACCACCGUCUCCGGGGCAGCAGCAGCAGCAGCAGCCACAGCAGCAGCAUCAGCAGCCACAGCAACAGCCGGAAGGGAAUAGGCAGUUGCGUGAUUUGCUGCAACGACAACAAAUGGUUGCACCGAAUUCAAGUGGAAUUGUUUCGCCGCAAUCGCAGCAUAUUUUGUCCCCUCAAGCGCAGAAUCCACCACAAUCGCCGCGAUGGGGAAUGGAGAAUUUGGAUGAGCAAUCACUGAUUGGAACAACGCAGCAACAGCAGCAGCAGCAGCAUCAACAAACAGCUGAUAAUAUUACUUUCCGACAACCUCUUCCGCCGGGUUUAACGUCACGUCCACAACGGAUGCAGCUGAGUACGGUUCCAGUAUUGGUACGUCCAGGGCAGCAGCAGCAGCAGCUGCAACCACAGACAUCACUGAAUAAUCAAAUAAUGAGUGCACGUCUUGCACAAAUGCAACCGGAAAUGCGUCAAAGAAUGAUUCGUCCGCAAGUUGUUACGAGUGCAAUUGCAUCAAAUCAACAAUCACAGAUGAUUAUAUCGCAACAAACGAAUAUGAUGCAGCAACAGCAGAACCAGCAGCAGCAGCAGCAGUUUGGUGUGAGAAAAUUAGAUCAAUACGGGCAGUUGAUUGGUGCGCAGAGUAAUCAAUUGAUGCAACAGAGCAAUCAGCAGCAGCAUGAUCAGCAAAAUGUGGGGAUUCUUGCGCAGAAAUUGGAACGAAUUCAACCGGGAGGUAUUAAUUCCGGUGAUGCUGUCAUGGAUGUGCGUCAGGCGGCACGUGGAGGGGAACAUAUUGCAACGGGAGCCGCGGAUUCCGAAGCCCCCGAGAUCCCGGACAAUGUAACGGCUGAACUGGAGAAGUUGGAGCAAGAAGAAGGCGGGGGAAUGGGUGAAGUUGAGGGAGUUGGUGACAUUCUCGGUGGUCUUGGGGAUGAUGACGAGGAGCUCCUUGUCUCCCUGACCGCCGAAAUGGGGGCAGAUUUCAAUAUUCUCGAAUAUGCCGAUCCCGAGCUUGAUACCCUUAAUGACGGGGAGAAGGCAAAUCUCCUUGACAGCUUGGAGCUGGAUGAGGACACAGAGAAGGAAGAUAAGCCGGGGAAGAAGGAAUUGCCGCAGGAAAAGGAAGAUUUGGCCGAUCAAGGACGCUCAACAAUGCCCGAUGAUGCAGCACCAACAACAAAUCUCAUUUCACAAGCCGACUCAAUGCACACAAUGACAACAAAUCAGAGUAUUUCCCUGAAUAAUCCGAUGACAAUGCAAGUUAUGCAACAAGCAACGUCCGAAGCAACAAGUCUCCCAUCAGCAAUGCCAACGAAUGUAAUGCAGCAAGCCCAGGGGAUGCGAACGCAACAGAAUCCGCAGCAACAGAAUAUUCUUCUCGAGGGCAAUCAGCAGCAAUUGCAUCAUCAGCAGCAACAACAGAGAUUGCAUCAGUUGAAGAUGCUGCAGCAGCAGCAGCAGCAGCAGCAUCAACAACAAAAUCAAGUAUCGCAUCAACUAAUACCGGCUAAUUUGCAACAGAUACAGCAGCAAAUGCUGCAUAGGGUACAACAAGCAGCAGCAAUGGGAAAACCAAUGCAAGUUGGAACGCAGUUAAUGUCAAAUGGUGCCAUUGGGAUUGUAACGGCGAAUAAUAAUGUUCAAGUUAGCUUCCCUGGGCUAAUGAAUCGAAAUGGACAACAAUUAAUUACACAGCAUCGUUUGCAAGGAUUGCGACUCCCAACACCGGGGCAGGAUCAUCAGGGGCAGCCGCAGCAGCAGCAAACGCAGCCACAGCAACCAAAUCAAGGUCCACGAAUGAUUCUGCAGCAGCAACUGCAGCAACAGUCGCAACAGCAAAUUAAUCGAAUGGCCAUGGGGGGUGCUCCGCAGGCACAACAGGCACAAAUUAAUCAGCCACCGCCACCCCCAUAUCCGGGGCCACCACCUCCAUAUCCUGGGAAUGCGCAGACCUCAUCAUGCAAUCAAUUUUAUCCUCCGUAUCAAUCGAUGCCAACACACGGAAUAAUGCCAAGCGCCGGAUAUCAUCAGCAUAGUGUUGCACAUCGUCGGUCUUUGCUACUACAGGAACAGCCGCUCUUGUUGGAAGAUUUGUUGGAGCAAGAAAAACGUGAACAGGAACGACAACAAAUAACAUCCACAAUUGCAAAUGUCCAAUCUAAUACACAAUUAAAUCAAGGAAUUAUUGAUGAUCAAAAUUACCCGAGAGUAACAAAUGACAUCUUCAGUGGAAGUCCACAAACGACAAAUGCUCAGGGAACACUGCCGAGUCCCCAAACGCCUCAACCGCAGCAGCAGCAGCAGCAACAUGUGCUGCAGGGACCACCGCCGCCGGGGGUUAAAACUCAAUUCCUCCCGCGUGCUCUGGGUCAUGCACAAUGGCGUCCAACAACACCCACGCCGCAGCAGCAGCACGUAUCUCCGGGACUUGGGGCAUCCGUAGUGACAGAUGCAGCGGGGAUACGUCGCGAUGGGAAUGGGGCAAUUCAGUUGUUCACGGCGAAUUUGCAGCCACCACCGCCACUCCCGCCGGAGAAUGUGGUAACGGAGCAAGAUAGGCAGAUUCAAAUGAACUACGAACAGUGGUUGACGCAACAAAAUAACGCCCUUACCGAACAGCUCAAGUACUACGAGACAGAAGUGACGAAACUACGUAAAGUUAAGAAGAGUUUAAACAGCAAACAAAGACAAAUGCGAAAAUUGGGAUCAGAAUUGUGUGAGAGUGAUGCAAGGGAUCUGGCAAAGAUAACAUCAGAACAAAAUAUUGUGCAGAAGCAACUUGAAAGUGCAAGGAAGCAAUCGAGGCAACAUUCCUUGGUUAUUCAGGACUACAAAGGGAAGCAAAUGUCAAAGAUGCAAAAUCAAAUAAUUUCACCACUUGGGCAGCUCCCGGGCUCAUCACCAGCUCACAUUGCUCCACAAUCCCCUAUAACAUCCCCCUCGCCGGGAUCACAGCAAAUUCUUCAGUCAACCGGUCAAUCACCCCUUAACAGUCAAAUGGUUCAGAGUCAUCAGAGUCCAAUGCAUAGCCCAAGUCCCCUAAUGCCAUCCCAAUCCCCUGGGCCGACGAGUGUUAAUUCAAUCAUGCAGAGUCCGAGUAAUCAGCAAAGUUCAAUGUCUCCGUACAAUACGAUGCAACCAAGUCCGCGAAUUGGUACGCCCCUGUCGCAAAGUGCCGCAGAUGAGUGCCCCUUUAGCCCCAAUAACCCCGGCCCAUCGCAAUCCCCCUCAAUGCCGGGUCGUUUGACGUCACCGCAGCAUAGAAUGGGGGCACCCAAUAUGCAGGGAAAUCGUAUUGUAACAAGUCCCGGGGUUGGGUAUCAACAGCAACAGAACAUUAUGCAACCGAAUCAAAUUUUGCCACAGCAACAGCAACAAAAUCGUUUUGUCCGGCCGCAAGUUAUGACAAUGCAAUCGGAUGUAAUUGUACGGCCACGGAUUGUUUUUAGUCAGCAACAGCAGCAACAGAUGAUGCGACAAAAUUCAGCGGGGUACAAUUCACCCAUUGGGAGUCCACAACCGACUAUUGGUCAGGUUGCUGGGCAAGGGCAAGGGCAGCAUUCGGUUGAGCAUAUGCAUAGUCAGAGGACAAUGCAGCUUGUGCAGCAGAGGCAUUUGAUUCAGCGGCAGCAGAUGCUGCAGCAGCAUCAACAGCAGCAGCAACAGCAGAAUCAGUAUCAAAAGCAGGGGAAUUUGCAGCAGCAGCAGCAACAACAACCGGCUUCACCGAUGAUGAAUCAACAAGGAGUUAAUCCGCCAUCUCCAAUGGCACGUGGGGCAAUGGGGCAAUUUAGUGCUGCAGCUGCUGGGGGAAAUAAUCAACCAAUGCAGUCCCCGAUAAUGCGACGUCCUCCGAGUACAGGAGGCGUCACGGCGAAUUCCCCCGUUGGCUUUGACCGUUCGCAGAGUGUUGAAAAUUCCCCAAGACACAUUUACAUUCAGCAGCAACAUGGAGAUGGUGGGGGGAAUAGUAUGGAUGGCAGUGGAGGGGGAGGCGGCGGUGGGGGUGGUAUGAACAACCCAAUUCCCCUUCCGGUUUCCUUUGGUCGUUUUGGUUACAUUAAACUCGGUCUUCGUGGGGGGACACCAAUGUGGGGUUAUGGGUCGAAACGUAUGCCAGCCCCUUCAUCAGGUCCGGCACAAAAUUCCCCAAGCAGCACUGCAGCAUCCACGUCUCAGGGGGCAAGGAAGGAGACACAUUUAAAUCGAAUUUCAAUAUUGAAGAAGAAGAAACUCCCCGCAUUGCCACAUGAUGUGAUUGUUAAGACAAAAGGUGGGAGUUUGACGUCAGCCGUUGAAUACGGAGAUAUGGAGGAUAGUUCGAAUACUCCACCCGAGAGUCCUCUUCACGUACGCUCGGGUGAAAGUCAAGCAAAACCGGUGAUCGGCUCACAAAAUCCCACAAGUUCAGCGAGCGGUGAAAGGAGGAAGGCUCAAGAGGAGAUUGUUGUCAUUGAUAGUAGUCCAGAUGAGAAGCAACGUAUAAUGGAUUAUGAUGAUGAUAAUGACAAGGCUGUUGUUGCCACGGAGGUUUCAUUGAGUUCAGCAGCACAAUCAGUCCCGGAUACAGAUGACAUUUCCGUCAUUGAGAGUCUUGCUCCAACGGAAUUUGAUGCAAUUGUAUCAAGUCCAUUGGAGUCUGAGGUAACGGAGGAGUAUGUUCUCUUUGCACCUGAUAUGGUUGUUGAUUAUGCCGAUAGUGAUGAUUCCAUGAAGCAAGCAUCAAUGCAGCACCUGACAAAGACAGCAAUAUCAGAUGAAGAUAAAACAUUGGAUCUGAUAGCAAGUCCAAGUGAUAGUUUCCCCCAAGGUGAUGAUAGUGAUGAUGAGGCGAACAAAGGGAAAGGUGACAGUAGUGAGCAGUUUACUGAAGAUCAUUUUACAACGGGUGAAGAAGAUAUGAUGUCAAUGGGUUCGGAGAUUGUAAUAAUUGGCUCGGAUGUUAAGAGUCCUGAGGAACAGAUGGCAACGGAUACAAUUGAUGGAGUCUUGCAGCAAACAUCGUCUGCAGCGAAGGAGACAAAAGAACGGACAUCAGAUCAAACUACAACAGAGAAGGGCGCAUCACAACUUGUGGAAAAGGGAGUUGGAAUAACCCUAAUAGCCACAUCAUCAUCAUCACCAUCACCAUCGUCAACUGCGAAGAAGGUUUCUCCAAUCCUUACAUACUCCUCAUGCUUACCCGUUGUUACAUCCACACUCAUUGCAACACGUCCGAAUAAUCCGAUCUCAUCUGCCCCAAUGACGGCUGUUUCCGUUCACAAAAAACUCAUGAAGGAUGUUACGCAGACAACGGCAAUUGUUUCAAUUGGUAACACAACAAUAUCCGUUCCAGUCCUCAAGAAUGUUCCCCUAUCUCACAGCAAAUCCCCAACAGUUGGUGACGGUCAAGGGGGGGCGACACAGGCUCAGACAAAGGGGAAGAUCUUUGCAAGAUCACCAAUAAGUGUUAAACUUCCGAAAACCGUGAUAACAAUGAGUGGACAUAAGAUACUGAGUCCAGCAUCAAUUGUCACCAUAUCAUCACUCAAUCUCGGGCAGGGUACAUCAGGAAACAAAGUGACUGCAACACAAAUAGCCCCUGCAACGGUAACAAAUCAAUCAAUGUCUGAGAAAAUGCUUGAACGCUUCACAACAAAAUCUUCCUCAUCAAGUUUAGUUUACUCCAAAUUAUCAUCACUCACCGUUAACCAGGAUGCUUCGCUGCCCAAUAAAAUCUUUGAAGAUGAAUCAGUAUCACCGGACAGUUCAGUGGAGCAUGAUGACCCAGAUCUGGCAUCACCUGAGCAUAAAAUUGAUUUUCAGUGUGACACUGAAAAUCCCAAAGAAGACUCCGCUGCCGCACCCGAUGAAGCGGCUGCAAAAGAAGCCAAAAAAGAGAAAGAACAACAACAAUCAGAAAAUGGGGAACAACCAAAGGAGUCUUCAGGGAAUGAUCAACCAAAAGAAGACAAUGAAGAACGCAAAGAAGCAAAAGAAGUUAAAUUGAAUGAUUUACAAAAAACGGACACAAAACAGAAACAAAAUGUUAUCCCGUACCAUGUUAUUGUUAAAUCCCGCGAUUCAGCUCGUAGCCCCAAAUUAUCAACGGGUAAUCAACGGAAUAGUACAUCAAAUAUGCCACAACUAUCACCAUUAUCGCAACCAACGGAAAUGGCGACAAAUAUGCAAAAUGUCUCCCAAGAAGUUCGUUCGAUACUCUCAUCAAUUAGCUCAUCAGGAGGGCCAUCGGUUGCAACAAUUUCCAUUAAAUCCGGAGGAGGAGACUCAACAGGAACGUCCCAGGAUGCAUCCCAAUCGUCUUCUGAUGCAGGAACGGAUUCAAGGACAAGUCACGGUGGAACGGAAUCAGCAACAAGUAGCAGCGCGACUUUUGAAAAGGUUGAAAUAAUUAAAACGGAUUCAGUGACUCCGGUAAUUGUGAAAACAACAACAACUGCAUCCCCAACAACAUUCACAGAUGCCAAUAAGUUGGUUACAUCAGAUAGGAGUUCACCUGUACUGACAAAUCCAAUUAGUGGUGGUUCAAUCCUUGUUGUUAAGCAAUUACUGGCAAGUAAUCAGGUAACAACAUCACCAAAAAGUCAACUGGCAACAAAAUCCAGUGGAAAUUCACCAAUAUCCCAAAGUCCGGCAACGCAGUCAGUUAUUAUUGCGCAGAGUCAGCAGAUAAUGCCGAAUUUGACGAAGAUUCAAUCAGAAGGUCAUCAACAGAAGGAAAUUUCAAAAUCUCCAGCUGGUGUUGUGAGCAUACUGAGUAAUCAGUUAACUGGGCAACAUCCGCGUAUUAUUAACUAUUCCGAUCUGCAGUAUAGUUCAACACAACCACCGGCUCUUGUGAUGACAUCAAGGCAAGGAAUUAUUCAAGGUACAGUUGUACCAAUAACAACAUCAACAAGUACUUCAGGAGCCUCCACGGGGAGUUCAAUUCAAUUUUCCGGUAGUAUCCUCGGUGCUACGCUGUCACAGCCGAGUUUUAAGGCUACAACCCAAUCCCAAAUUGGGAGUACGUUGUUACACACCCAAUUAACAAGUGCAGCCUUUAGGCGUUCAAAGUCAACGGAUGAACAACCCGCUGGGACGCCUGCCCUUAUUCACGGGACAAAGAGGCAUAGCGUUGAAUUGGCGAAUGUUGUGAAGAGUGAACCAAUGGAUACGACUGAGGAGACAGCAACAACAUCAGGCGUAACAACGGCCACAUCGAGUAUUGCAACACCACCAAAGGCAACCGAUAGCCUGGGGAGUGGAUGCAAAUUUUCAACAAUGUCCGUUCCACAGGCAAAAUCGGAGGAUUCACAGAAUGUUCUCCUGAAGCAGCUGCUUCAGAAUUCCGGGAGUACGAGUACCCCAUCCCCAACACCUCCGGCAAUUGCCUCGAGAACUGUUCCUGGGCUACGGGCACCUAGUUUGGGUCUUGUGAGUUCAUUGGAGGCUCAAUUGGCACGUCCUGCCUUGCCGCCUGUUCCCUCGAAUGCAAGUCAAAUUCUUCCGGCGUCACAAACAACAAAUUCCCCCACAUCUGUUGCCGCACUCACAACAUCUGCAACAUGUAGUGAGGUUAGUGUAACAAAAUCAACGGUACGGACGCACAUUUUUAUGCAGCGUGAAACGUCUUUUGUGUCAAAACCACCACAAUCGCCGAGUCAGCAGCAGCAGCAGCAGCAACAACAGGAGUUGCCACAGAGUGGAGUUAUAUCAACGAGCGCACAGAGAACAACAAGUGGUGUUAUGCCGGUUGAUACAGCUGUUGUGAAGCAGGAAGAAUUGGAUGUAAAACCACCAACAAGUAUUCCUCUUGAACCGCCUCCGCCGUAUCCUUCGCUGUCAUCGUCUUUGGAUGCAGUUGCACCACCAAAUGUUGUUAUAAACAAGGAUAUGCCUCUUCCGGUACAAUCUCCCGUUCUUGGGCAAGGCUACAUAAAGCAGUCUUCAUCACCACCUGCUACAGUUUCAACAGCAGCUGCAACAGCAGGUCCCCCGAGUUUAGCGGUGAUUGAUGUAAAGAAAGAAAUAAUGGAUGAUCCGUCUGUGGGAGGAAUUGUUACUGAAAAAUCAGCAGGACAGAAGGCUCUGGAGUCAGUUGUUGGAGCAGCUGUAACAAUUCCAAAAAGUGAAAUUGUUGAUCCAACAUUGGAACAACGUGCAGAUGGGAAUGCUGCUAAGACAGCUCAGGAGACAGCCUUGGAAAUGAAGAAGCGCAAAAGGCGUGAGUAUCAGAAGAGCAGGCGUCAGAUGCAGAUUCUCAGCAAAGAGGCCAUGAAUUCCGGGAGUAAGAAGCGCCCGAGGAAGUUUUCAAAGAUUGAAGAAGACUACGAUACAUUCAUUGAUAAUCUCAUGGUGCAGUUGCGUCAAUUGCCGCAUAUGCAGAUCCUCGAACCGACGCUGUGUCGGAAUUUUGGUGUUGGACCUGUGUACGGGAGUGGGGAUCUGUCAAAGAUGGGCCCAAUGAAGGAGUAUUCAAUUGCACAGGGUGAACUAACGGGGGAGUAUGGAUAUGCAGAAAUACCGAAUGUUGCUGAUUUCUACAAUACAAGUCCCUUUGGGGCUAAGGCUCCGCCCAAUGAGAAGAAUCCGUCCACAUCAACGCAUUAUGGGUUCUACGAUCAGGAAUUCUCACCGAUGACAUUUGAUACUGAAGAGGAUACACGGUGCAAGUAUGAUGCAACAAUGAAGGAGCGUGACAAUGAAACACCGGAUACGGUGAUAAGUAGUUCAAGUCCUGAAUGUUCCAUCUGGGAACCACUACAGCUGUAUCCGGGAUUGAGGUUGAUCAAUGAGGAUGAUGAAGAUGAUCAGGAGCACGUUUACCGAAGUAUGUCACCACCAAUUCCACUUAUUGCUCCAAUACCAAUUCGUCUGAAGCCUGGCAUGCAGGCUCCAUUCAAUCUGCUCAAUCAGUUGGAUGUGUGUAAUAAGGAGAAUGAAGGGAUGAAGGAUAUGUUUGGGGUUAAGUCGCAUUUUGGUUCUCCAACCCCGCUCAAGGAUAGCAGCAAUGUAACUGUUACACUCACCCUCACGUCAUCAGCUGCAGAGGAUAUUAUGGGAGUCCUGAGGAAUUUAGCGAAUAUCCUUCACAUUCCCGCGCCAACAGCUUAUCAAAUAGUUGAACGAACAACAACGCCACCGAGUCAGAAGUUGGGCCUUUACCGAACAAAGGGGAAAGAUGGCAAAGAAGGUGCUCCAAUUGAUAUUCAAACAAUCCUCAAUGGAGCUGCUAAGUUCUGUCGACACUGUGACGUUGUAAUACUCAAUAGUAUGAUCAGAGCAAAAGCUUCGGAGUUCCCGCUGCUAACAAUUAACAACACAACGGAGCUCCUAAAUGAUGAUCUAUACUUCUGUAGUCGUGCCUGCUAUAAGCAGUUCCAAUGGCGUCCAACGAGUAUCCUUGAGGAGAAUCGCCAAGAAGUUGGAGCAAAGACGGAUGCAGCGGGAAGUGAUGAUAAAACCGUGAAGGUUUCAGAGAAGAACUUCACGGACGUUAUUAUGACAACAUCAACAACGUGCGAUCUCAAUGAAGAUGAUCUGAAGAUGGAGGUGGACUUGGAGGAGCAGGAUGGUGGUAAAGAAGCUUCUCAAAGUGGGAGUGAACAGUGCAAUGAGUUGGUGGAAGUAAAGCAGGAGCAAAUGGAAGAAGGGCCAACAACGGAGGAAGAUAGGAAGGCAAAGUACAAAGGAGUUCGGUAUAAGAUGUUCACGAAUAACUGUUUUGUCUUGACGGUGGGGAAGUAUAAGAAGCCAACGGAAAAGGAGAUUACGGAAACACUCUUCCGGAUGAAUAUAACGGUGACAGCGAGUAAACAACCUGAGGAUACGCGAAAGUGCAUCUUUUGUCAUCAAGUUGGUGACGGAGUGGCUGAUGGGCCGUCAAGGCUGCUGAAUUUUGACGUAGACAAGUGGGUUCAUCUGAACUGUGCCCUCUGGUCAGAUGGUGUCUAUGAGACAGUCAAUGGGGCACUGAUGAAUCUCGAGAAUGCCCUCCAAGCGAGCCUUGUGCAGGCAUGCAUUGUCUGCGGGAAUCUAGGUUCAACCAUUAAGUGCUUCAAGACACGCUGUACGAAUGUCUACCAUCUGAACUGCGCUCUCAAGGAUAAUUGUGUCUUCUACAAGAACAAAACCACAAUGUGCUCAUCUCAUGCACCAAAAACGGAAAAGGAUAACGAGCUGACAACCUUGAGUGUCCAACGACGUGUCUACGUUGAACGUGACGAAGGGCGUCAAGUUGCAAGUGUAAUGCAUCAUUCGGAGUUGAGUAAUCUGAUGCGUGUUGGGAGUUUAAUCUUCCUCAAUGUUGGACAACUCCUCCCGCAUCAACUUAUUGCCUUCCACACCCCAAAUUACAUCUACCCAAUUGGCUACAAAAUAAUCCGCUUCUACUGGUCAAUGCGACAACCAAAUCGUCGUUGUCGGUACAUCUGUAGUAUUGCUGAUGUCUCAGGACGUCCGGAGUUUCGGGUUCUCGUGCAGGAACCCCAAAAGGAUGAUAUUGAGCUUCGGGACUUUAGUCCACGUGCAGUUUGGCAGAGGAUCUUGGAGCCUUUAGCGCAGAUGCGCAAAGAGAAUCAACUUAUACAAGUUUUCCCCAAAUACAUCACCGGAGAGGAUCUUUUUGGGCUCACAGAACCCGCAGUUGUGCGUAUCCUUGAGAGUCUCCCGGGGAUUGAAACGCUAACGGAUUACCGGUUCAAGUACGGGCGAAAUCCCCUCCUUGAACUCCCAUUGGCAAUCAAUCCGUCCGGAGCGGCAAGGACGGAGCCGAAGUUGAAGCAAAGUGUCGGCUGGAAGAAGCCACACACCCAACGGACGGGCUCAACAAGUCAACGACCCACCUUUGUGCCAACAACAUCAAUUGCCGGGGAAGUUGCCUGCCCGUACAGUAAGCAGUUUGUGCACUCAAAGAGUUCGCAGUACAAGAAGAUGAAGCAGGAAUGGCGCAAUAAUGUCUACUUGGCACGUUCGAAGAUUCAAGGAUUGGGCCUGUAUGCUGCGAGGGAUCUCGAGAAGCAUACAAUGGUCAUUGAGUACAUUGGGGAAGUUAUCAGGACGGAAUUGUCGGAGAGUCGGGAGAAGCAGUACGAAGCGAAGAAUCGUGGAAUUUACAUGUUCCGCCUGGAUGAGGAUCGUGUGGUUGAUGCCACCCUAUGUGGGGGUCUUGCACGCUACAUUAAUCAUUCUUGCAACCCGAAUUGUGUGACGGAGAUUGUUGAAGUUGAUCGUGAAUAUCGUGUUAUAAUAUUUGCGAAAAGAAGAAUCAAUCGUGGUGAAGAGCUCUCAUAUGACUACAAAUUUGACAUUGAAGAUGAUGCACAUAAGAUUUCUUGUAUGUGUGGAGCACCAAAUUGCAGAAAGUGGAUGAAUUAAGGAGGAGGAGAAAUUAAGUAAAAAGUGAAAGAAAUUAGUAAGAAAGAAAAAAUAAAUAUAAUAGUGUUAAAAAAAUUAUUACCAUAAGAUGUAAAAAAAAUCACAACAGAAAUUUAUUUUCUGUAUUUGUAUAUGAAAAUUUCAAUAUAAUUAUCUAAUAUUU